AACCUGCCCAGGGAAGAAAGGAUGAAGCCAGAGAACAUUAUCCUUGUUGGUGUCAUGUCUGGUCCAAAGGAAGUAAAGAUCGACCAGAUGAACAACUUUCUGGAACCUCUGGUAGAUGAGCUGGUAGAGUUGUACAGCGGUAUAACUGUAAAGACUGCUGCAUUCCCCAAUGGUACUAUUGUCUGUGCUGCUCUUAUGUGUGUUGCUUGCGACAUACCUGCUGCAAGAAAAACUGCUGGAUUUACAGGGCAUGCAAGCACUAAUACCUGUCAUAAAUGCAAGUGUCACUUCUCUGUGAUUGCCGGAUCAAGUAAGAUCGAUUACUCUGGGUUUGACAAUGAAAGCUGGGUGCCAAGAACAAAGGAGAUGAACGCCAUAUACGCCGAUAUGUGGGCUUGUGCAGAAUCAAAUGCAGAAAGAGCAGAUUUGGAGAAGCAAAAUGGCACGCGGUUUUCCAAGUUGCAUUGUUUGCAUUACUUUGAUCCCGUUUGGUGCACAAUUGUUGAUCCCAUGCACAAUUUGUUUCUUGGGACAGCAAAGCAU